CCUUCUUCGGGUGCCGUAGACGGACGAAAAUGUCAGAGUGACAAAAACACAACAACAGAGCAAAUAUGCGAAAAAAACUUUAGCGCCAGUCUUCAUCGAAGUGCACGUAUGCACAGAAACCCCAAAGGAUUUUCUCUGUCAGCCUGUGUAAUCUCUCUGUGAAGUUGUAAAUAUAAGUAAACACGCACCUGAAGGACACACAGGCCCAGGAUUUGCUUUAUGAUGGAGUCGUGGUUGAGAUUCAGUUCGCAGAGUCAAGCCAAAGAGCGCAUUUUCAGGGCUGCCCAAUACGCCUGCACACUCCUGGGGUAUACGCUGCAGAAAGGAGGUGCAAGAGCAGAACUGCUGAAGACCAUCAAACAGCUGGAAGCUCACAUGAGUCUAACCAGAAAAUUGAUGCGUUUAGGGAACUCUGCGGAGGCUCUGGAGGCAGCUAAACGCACUGUACAUUUGUCAGACUGUGUGCUGCGUCUUUGCAUCACAGUGGCCCAUUUAAACAGAGCAAUGUAUUUCGCCUGUGAUAAUGUACUUUGGGCCGGCAAAACAGGAUUGCUGCCUGAACUGGACCAAAACAAAUGGAGCCAGAGGUCGUUUAGAUGCUACUUGUUUGCACUCAUCCUCAACCUAACCCGAGAUGCUUAUGAAAUCCGUCUGCUAAUGGAGAGAGAGUCCCGCAGCACUUCAUCUAAAACCUUUAAUUCCAGUCCGUCCCCUCUCACUCUGACCCCAGAGAACAGAGAUCAUCUGACCCCCUCUCCAUCUUCAGCCCUGUCUCCACUACCACCCCUCCCUCUGAUCUCAGACAGGCUCAACACGCACUUCUCCCUCCUGGUCACGGUGCUGCGCAACAACCCUCCGCUCCUCUUGGACCUCCUGAAGAACCUGUGCGAUGUGUUCAUUCCACUGGACCGGCUGGGACUGUACCCAACGGGGCCAGGCUUUGUAGGAGCCUGCGGUCUCACCUCCUCCAUCCUGUCAAUUCUCACCAUAGUUCACCCCUGGCUCAAACUCAAGCCCUGAAUGACAUCAGUAAACUACACUUCCUGUUUGUGUAUAUAUAACAAGACCAUCUUUGAGGGUGUGUAGAUAGUGGAAAGGAGAAUGUGUGCUGCUUCAUUCCAGUUUAAUUUUACAUUCUGCAAAACCUCCUGUUCUUCAUGUGUGAAAGAAACUUAAAACGAGAUAGUGUUAAAAAGCAAACAAAAAAUGUUUUGUUAAACUUUAUCCCUGUUUAAUGUUCAAGGAUCUUCUUAAAUCUGUAUUUGUGUUGGAGAUGGUUUCUUAUAUUGCUACAGUUGUGAUCCUCUGAAUUAAGUUACACAACUAAUUUCAAUACUGGUACUUGUGCAGUUAUUUAACAAAUUUUUUACCCAAGAAAGUUUUUGAAAAAUUGUAUACUGGUAUUGAUUUCCUUAAUGAGUUAUCCACUGGAAACUGUAGUCACGGGUAAUGAAAAAAAUUAUAUGCUUUUUAAAUGCCCUUUUAUCUCAUAACUGAAUCAAAGCUCAUCUGCCGUCUUUCAUUUAUCAUAACCAUAUUUUGGGACUACAUGAUAGGGAGGUUUUUAUUUUCGAAUGUUAAAGAUAUGUUACCUGAUUUGUGACAUGUUGGAGCUGUGAAACUUUUGAAAUAAAUAAUGCCUUGAAUUUUA